AGGUAGGCACCUAAGUACAUAGUAUCGUUAUGAGUGUACUUAUGUACUCAACUUAGGGCGCCUUACGUGUAGAUUAGAAUAUAACCUCCCAGUUACCUGCUAAUGAAGGUCCUUAGGAGGUACCUGACAUCUGAAGAUAUCUACCUAGGUACCUACCGCCAGGGAAGUGCGCUAAUCCUGUUCCGGCACAGUGGAUCCUUGUCACUUAGCUCUCCUUUCCUUGGCUUGGCAUGGAAUCCGCGAAUCGCCAAAGUGUCCAACUCAAGCCAACAAAGCCUCAAUUAAUUCGGACCCAAAAAAGAGAGGACAGAGACGCCGAAGAGCUCGCCAGUGCUCGUGCCCAUCUCACCACCACGCGCCCGGGAAUCAAACCGCCAAACCCGCCAGCUUACCUGUCCUCAGUUGAAACUCGAUCGCGCCGAGCCUCCCCUUACGCUACGGCCAGAACCAGCCAGAUGCUGCUGCUGCCUUCGACCACCGCCCUGCUGCUGGCGGCGGCCGCCUACCUGCCCGCCGCCCUGGGCCACAACAUCCAACUGCCCGCCCACGGCCGCGAGUGCUUCCACGAGGAGCUGCACAAGGACGAUGUCAUGACCAUCACGUUCCAGGUCGGCGACCGGGAAUUCGGCGGCGCGGGCAACCUCGACGUUGAUUUUUGGAUCACGAACCCCCUCGGCCAGCACGAGACCUUCCAGAAGGCCACCUCCAACGGCGACUUCUCCUUCACCGCGCGCCACGACGGCAAGUACGUCUACUGCUUCGGGAACGAGCAUUGGGGCUCCAACAGCAAGGAGGUCUCGUUCAACGUGCAUGGUAUAGUAUACGUGUCCGAAACGGAGGCCCCCCAGGACCCUCUCGAGAAAGAGAUCCGGCAGCUCUCGGAGCUCGUCAGCCAGGCCCGCGACGAGCAGUCGUACAUCGUCGUCCGCGAGCGCACCCACCGCAACACCGCCGAGAGCACCAACAGCCGCGUCAAGUGGUGGAACCUGUUCGUCAUCGGCGUCGUCAUCGGCGAGUCCAUCUUCCAGGUCUGGUGGCUCCGCCGCUUCUUCGAGGUCAAGCGCGUGGUAUGAUGAGGAGAGGCGGGAGCGGGAGCACACACAAUACAAAGGGAGGAAGAGACGGAGGGAGACGAGGGUUCGGAAGCCCCGGACGGGCUCCGGACGGUUCGUUCCUGUUUCCAACGGUUUUGGGUUACGUCUGGCGUAUCAUGCGGGCGGGUAAGGCAGGCAAGGAGAUGUGCGAUAACGAUUCCCGCCCCUUCCCUCUCCCUCUCCCUCUAUUUUAGGGGGAAAAAGGGGAGGGAGGGAGAUAUCCAUACACGGGGUAUCCGGAGAGCGAGUGAAGCAUCCUGUACAUUUGAGACGACGAAAACGACAACGAGGAAAGAGAAAAACACAAUUUUGCAUGCCUGCGAAGCGGCAGC